UCACAAAUAUGAAUCGCGUUACUUUUAAAAGUUCUUCCACUGUGGUGUGUCGCAUGUUCCCCCAGGAACUGCAAGUUUGCUAAGACUGACAGGACACCUGUCUAUUUCUCGCAUGACUCUGAAACGAGUCGCGGGCAGAACGGAACUGGCCAGCUAGAUCGUCUCGUUUCCCAAUCUACACUGUUGCAGUGCAAUAAGGCCAAGUAACGGCCGUGCAAUUCCAGUUGUGAUAAUCAUGAAGAAGGCGCUGAUCGCAGCCCUGCUGGUUGCGGGGGUUCUCCCCCAGUUGCCGACAACUGAUGCAGGUCCAGCCGUUCAUAUUGUAGAAAACCAGCCGCGGCCCACGAAGAAAGGACAUUCUCCGCCGCCUCAGAAAAAGGGCGAAACGGUUGUUAAGGAAAUCAUCGAAGUUUCCAAGCUGCCCCCGGCUCCACAGAAAGCGCCCCCCGUCUGCAUUGUUCCAGCUCUUCUUGGUAUUCCCUCAGUCAAUUCGUGCCGUGAUCUCGGCGUCAUUGGCUCUGCAUUUGGAUCCGGUGUUGUGCUGCAAGAAGAAUAUCAGGGGUGUGAUCUCCUGGAUGACUUAUCCUGUGAUGACGGUUCCGGUCAGGGUCUCGAAGUAUACCGACAAAGGCUCCAGAAGCACGGAGCCACAACAUCAGCAACUGUUUAUCAACCCCAAGGUGUCGGCCCUUGUUUGCGAGUGGAAAGGCUUCCAGACAGCUUGAGGGUCACCUCUAGUUUCCGCGGAGAAAUUGUGUGUUGCCGGCCCAUAUGUAAGCCAACUACUACAACUACGACAACAACGACUACGACCACAACAACGAUUACGACCACGACAACCCAGGAAGCCCUUCUACCUCUAGAGGAGAAUAGGGCACCCCAGUAUGUCCCGACUUACACUACAACACCAGCUCCAGUUUUUAUAAAUCAGUCCAAUCAAGGGAUGAAUGAACAAUUUAUGUAUCGGGCUGCGGCUGCUGGGGAGAUGUGCGUUAUGCCGCAAUUCCUGAACCUGCCACGAGUGGCAACAUGCGCUGAUCUUCGAGAUAUCUCAAUGUCAACGAGCUACGUGUUUCUAACAAACCAAAAGGCGAUUGACUGCCAGUGGGUCGAGGACGUGGGCUGCGGCCCUGAGUAUCCAGGUUUGGGUGCCUUUCUUGAUGCUGGAACCCCUGACAACGCGUGUCUAGCUGUGAGACAAGACGUGUGCAACGUAAGCAUUGUGGGUCCCUAUCCCAUUCUCAGCCGCCACCUGAAGGGUGCCUGCUUACACAAAGGAAAGGAAUCGCAUGCUAUGAUGCCAGUCACGAUGAUGAUGCCUGUUCCGGGAGGCAAAAAGGGUGGUCACCGUAGGCGGUUACAGGCUACCGUUUCCAAUUCAGCUCCUGAGGCUGAUGGCUCAACCUUCGAAGAUAUGUUGGAUUCAAAUGCUGGAGAAGAUUACAUAGUUCAAACGGGACUUGGCGAUAUAUUUCCUGAUACGAACAGCUCCGGUAAAGUGAACGCUGAUGCGACAGCCUCAGAGGUACCGGAGACUCUAUAUGAAUCUUCGGUUAGCCGGGGCCUCGCAAAAGGGGCUCCGGUAAAGGGCAAAGGGAAAAGCGGUGGAGUGUCAGAUACACUCGUCGUCUGCUGCCGUCUGCAGUGUUUUGGUGGAAGCAAUGCAGCCGCAUAUUCCGCCAUGUCCUACAGCCGACAGACGUAUCAGCAGCAGCAGGCGUCAGCAGCCGCGGGUUAUGCUCAAGGUGCUGGAGCCCAGGCUCAAGCGGUUGGAGCCGCAGGAUCACAAACCCAGAACAUGGGUUACAAUGGCGGAUAUGGUCAAAUGCCAGCAAAUGCGCGAGGAGCAGGGGGGGCAGCAGGGAGCGUUCCUUCGCUGGGGAACCUUGGAGUCGCUGGAACGCCUGCAUUGCAGAAUCAGUCAAGCCUGCCAGUCGCAAACAACACGGCCGGUAGCGAUCUGUGUGACCAACGCUUCGCGCAAAUUUGCUCUCUGGCGUCGCCUCUACGAGGCGAAAGAAUCAUUUUUGACCAGAGAUGUGCUGGCGCGGCGCCGUUACCCGGAUGCUACGCAGGCGGUAUUUCACCUUGUUGCAGGAGUGUGAGCAAGUAUGAGCUCAUAUGAUCCGUCGCCUUUUACAUUGUGUAUACUGAAUUUAUGAAACGUCACCCGUACUGUUUCUGUGUGACUUGUGCGACGGCAAUGAAAAUCGGGUCAGAGGUCCGUGGCGAAACCACUAUACGAGUCUAUGUGCGUGCCCCGAUGAGUCCAUCUCGGACGUAGUCGCCGUGUAUCGUGGACAUUUUGCGACAGAGUACUCGUGGCUUGUUUUCCCGUCACUACACAAGAUAAUUCAGGCUUCUAAUGGCAAGUGUUUCCCUCGAAGUCGGCUUCGGAAUCCCGUCAGAUCGCUUAAUGUUACCGCCGAGUCAACCAGUGUUGCCCCUUGAACGAAUUCAGAAAAUACCACUGAUCAGUCGCUACAGCAGGU